CGGGACUCUCGAAGAAGCCAAGGUCGAUAUAUAGGAUAUUUAGAAGAAUGGACAGCGAUGAUCUUGGGUUCGGGUCUAAAUCACGAAGUGCUAAAUCUGGCAGACGAGCUGGUCGAUCAGGCCCCUCACAGGCUGCUUCAGUAGAGGAGGACAACCUUACCCAUGAUACCCUAGCUACGAGUAGUGGGGGAGGUCCCCCUGUGCCGUCCAGGAGAGUGUCAGGAUGGGGAGAGGACCCAGCACCCAAGAGACUUGGCAGACGUGGUCUUGGUGAGGGAUUUGAGCCUUAUGAAGAUGAGAGACUGAGACCACGGACACCUGACAAGGGAGAGGAGUCAGAUGACAAUGACAUUCCAGUAAUUCCAGACUUAGAGGACCAGCAGGAAGAUGAAAUUACCACAAAAGUUGCUGUGGCUCCUACUGUAGCAGUGAACCGAGUGGCGACCUACAUAGAGCUGGAUAAUGACUUGCUGAGACAGGCGGCCUUCCUCACACUGGACAAUGAUAUUGACUUGAAGAUACUGACAAGAGGUUUAUCAGGGGAGGCUGAUUUGGUGGAGGAGGAUAAAGUGUGGGAAUGGGAUCGACUUUUCACAGAGGUGACCUCUGACCUGACGAUGACAUUGGAAAAAGAUGAUACAGAAGAAAAGGACUCUGUAGAUAGAUAGUACGGUGCGAUAACCAGCAGUCUUUUGAUUUAAAUGUAAAUAAAAGUACAAGAUAUUCAAAGAUCUUUAUGCCAUUCUCUUUAUCAGGACCCAUAGCUUACAUCAGAAUUUGUUACACACAUUUUCUCUUUAGGUAAAUUGAUAAUACAUGAAAUGAUAUAUGUACUGGUACUUUUAAGGCCAUAAUAUAAUGACAAAUGAAAUGAAUUAUACAUUCAGUACUGUUCAGGUAUCACACUUCCCUACAUUGAAAUUAUCCCAUUGAAAGAUAAGUCGUUAAUAAAUACCACAAAUUCAUAUCCCCAGAGAAAAGCCUGUGCUUUUAGACAAACAUCAUGUGAGUCAAUACGAAGUCGAUGUCCAGUUUAGGAAAAUAAUCAUCAAAUUUAAAUGUAUAGUUGCUUUUGCUCGGCAAUAUUAAUCCAUGAAUGUUUUGUGUUACUUCAGUGCAACGUAUUUUUAGCGUUUUUCAUAUUUCAUGAUGCAUAGGGUGUAUAUGGUUGUUAUGUAGUAAGUGAAAUAUCUGGACUAUUGGUUAUAUAAUACAUGUACAUGUAUGUCAGUUGAAGACGAUUUCCGUCCACAUUUAUACGUGUAUAUGCAGGUGCACUCUACUACUUAUUUAACUCUUAUUGUUAUGUAAUAAAUUAUUUUCGG